AUGAAUGUAUUAUUAAAGUUUUUUGCAGCUGGUAGCUAUGCUAUUAUUUAUAUAUAUGUCAAUGAAUUAAUUCGAACAGGAAUAAGAAAUACUGGAAUGGGUAUUUGUUCAAUCGUUGCACGAAUUGGAGCAAUUGUUGGAACAACAAGCAAUGAUAUUUUAACUCGACUAUGGAUUAAUCUACCAACCGUUUUGUUUGGUAUUUUAUCACUUAUAGCAGCUUUUCUUGUUUUAAUGUUACCCGAAACAUUAAAUAGAACAUUACCACAAAUAAUUGAAGAUACUGAACAAAUGGGUUUAACUUGUACUUGUAUUCGUGACGAUCAACGAACUUCAGAACAGGAAGGACAAAUUAAUAUUAAGAAUAACGAUCAUGAUUUAAAUGAAGAUCGAUUAUUGAAUGAAAAUUUAAAAGGAAUUAAUGAUUCUUAA